CGCCACUCGUGGUGCCGGCCCGGUGUGUCCCGUCGGUGCGGAUGGCGGCGCGAGGCGCGGGCCCGUGGCUGCUGCUGGCGGCGGCGGCGCUGUGCGCGGCGGCGGAGCCGCGCUGCCCGUCGUGCGCGGCGGGCGCGGAGCGGCGGCUGCUGGAGGAGGCGGCCAAGCGGCAGCUGCUGGAGAAGCUGCGGCUCCGCGAGCGACCGAGGCUCGCCCACGCCGUGCCCCGCGCCGCCGUGGCCCGCGCCCUGCGGCGGCUGCAGGCGGGCGGUGCCCGCCGGGGCCCCGACGACGACGAGCAGGGCUACGAGAUCAUCAGCUUCGCGGAGCCAGAGCCCACGUCUCCCUCUGGCUUGGGGCUGCAGUUCCAGUUCAGCCGUACACAAGACCAGGACAUUCACAUCCUGCAGGCUCAGCUUUGGCUCUACCUUCGAGUUCCCCGAGACCUGGUAGCCAGCCUCACCCUGAGAAUCUUCCUUGCUGGUGGGGAAGGUGAUUUGGUAGGGGGCAAUCGCACGUUGCUGAGCGAGAGGCGACUGAGUGCUACGGGCAGCGGCUGGCGUGCCUUCACCCUCAUGCCUGCCCUGCAGAAUUUCUUUGGGGGAGAGCACAGGACCCUGCGGCUGGAACUGGAAAGCCACGGGGAUGGGGGUGAUAUCAUGGCAAUAGUCAAUGCCAGCUGGUCCCACCAGCCCUUCUUGGUGGCUGAGGCAAAGGUGCGGGAGCCAGGACACCACGUGGCCAAGCGCAGCCUCCGCUGCAGCCAGAACUCCAACCUCUGCUGCCGCAAGGACUACUACGUGGAUUUCCGUGACAUCGGUUGGAACGACUGGAUCAUUAAGCCUGAGGGCUACCAGAUAAACUAUUGCGUGGGCCAGUGCCCUCUACAUGUGGCAGGCAGCCCUGGGAUGGCCUCUUCUUUCCACACAGCUGUCUUCAACCUUGUCAAAGCUAACAACAUCCAGGCAUCAGGGCACUCCUGCUGCGUGCCAACGCGACGCCGGCCACUCUCUGUCCUCUACUUCGAUCGCAAUAGCAACAUUGUCAAGACUGACAUCCCUGACAUGAUUGUUGAUGCCUGUGGCUGUAGCUAGGGUUGGGGGAGCCAUGCUGGGUACCCCCCCCUUCUCCAGGACUGCUCCUCUGGGGGAGGGGAGGGCUGGAGAGCUCCCUUGAGCUGGAGUCAGACUGUGGUGCAAUAGACCCCUUUGGAAAGGUUGGGGGGGGGGGGGGGAAGCGGGAGGGAGUGGGGUGGAGAGAGAGAGAGAGAGUCUCAUCAGAGAGCAGGGAUUGUCUCCAGAGAGCACCUGGGGCAGGGGUCUCUGUGGAAAUGUGGGACAGAGCCAAGGCCACAUCAGACUGCCUGAGUCUGAGCUGUGGGCGGUUGGUGUGACUCUGGGCAUCCCUGCCCUGACUGGCAGCAUCCCUCUGGUCCCAAGCUGAUCCUGCAUUUCUGGUGGUCUUGUUCCCCUCUGUGUGUGGGGUGAGGGGGUCCUGCUUUGUUCACAUUCAGGGUGUCUGGUGACAGUUUGGGGCUCAGUCUCCUUGAGAGCAGGGUGGGAUGCAGGAAUGUGUCUGUUUCCUCCAAGUGGGAAACUGGAGGACAAGAGGCCGUCCUGCUUUUCUCCCCUGCUGCAACAAAUCUUCCUGCAUCAAAUUUGCCUAUCGUUGGGGACAAGUGGAAUAAGGCACAAAUAACAGGCCUGGAAGAUAAGGAUGAGGGGUAUGACUUUGUCAAGAACCCAAAAUUGCAAUGAUGAGACACAGCCCUCUGCUCCCAGGAGGGCAUGGAGCUGUGAAGGAUGGCCUUGCUUGCUGGCCAGGUCCCAUCUAUUUCUCCUUUCAUUUCCCCGGGUUUUGUGCUUUUCUUCCCUGCUUCCCACCCCACCAGUCAGGUCUCUUCCAGCCCUGUGCCUCCUUACAAGGAGGUCUGACUCAGACUUUGCCUUUAAGACCAUACUAAAGGUACAGAUUUUUUUGUACCUCUAGUUUUGCAGCUAUUACUACUUUUACGGUAGAGAUUUCUGCAGCUGUUGGGACUCCCUGGUGCUCCAUCCUGUCUAGUCACCUCUCUGCUGAAGAUCCCACUCUGCCUUUGCCUUCCUGAUAGUCGUGUAUACAAUGCACCCACAUGGCCUGUGCUUUUAAUUUAUUUUAAUACUUCGGUGCGGCUUCCCCAAUAAAUGGGUGGAAAUGCAA